AUGUUACUCCAACUUUCUUACCAUUUUGCCAACCCUCGUGGAUUAGAUGAUAUCGACCUCAAUGAUGAUGAUAUUGAAGAUCGGAGGCAAGAUAGUAUUCAACACUGGCAUUGGAAAGAGGAUGAGAUGCUGAUCAGUGCAUGGUUAAAUGUUUCAACUGACCCUAUAGUUGGUACCGAUCAAAAGGGGGAAACAUUUUGGAGUCGAAUUCAUAGCUAUUGUGUAAAAUUUUACUCCGACAUGACAAGGAGGGUAGUUGCAUAUAAGAAACGAUGGUAUACGAUCAACAAGGCUGUUGUACAAUUUUCUAGUUGCUACAAUCAAGCUAGUCGAAACAUAAGGAGUGGUUCGAAUGCUGAUGAUAUAAAGGAGUUGGCUUAUAGACUUUAUUCCACAAAUUAUGGUAAAAAAUUUACUUUUGAGAAGCAUCAGAACAUGCUUCGGUUGGAACAAAAAUGGAGAAGUUAA